AUGGAACCAGAACAACUCCUGAUUUACUCCUGGCUUCAAACGACAUCAGCGAGUGAACUCGCCAGCAAGCGACAUCAACACCUUGAGGAACUGAAAAGAAAGCGGGACGCCCUUCGCAACACUGCUGAUCAGGCUGGAAGAACAAAAGACGUACGAGCCUGGAGACGGCAGUCAGUUGUCCUAAGGCAAGCCAUCUUACAAGCUAAACGCACUUCCUUCGACAAGUUCAUCUCUAAUAUCAACUAUGAAAAUGAUUGCCAACGCACUUUCAAAUUCCUGGGUAACCUCCAAAAUAACAGAGAAAGACCCAAGAAAAAACCAAUACGCUUAAACAGCAAAUUCCUUAACACCGACUCCAAAAUAGCUAACUGCUUUGCGAGGUUCUAUUCCCACAAGCAAAAGAAACACCCUUUUGUCAGAAAAUCUUCAAGAGAUUUAAAGAUACAAGUAGGACAUUUGGGUGAAAUUAGGGAAGACAUAACAACACCAAAUAAUGUACUUACUGAGCCAUUCAGAUCUUGCAAACUUAACGCUGCGAUAAAGCAGCUCAAGUGCAAAAAGUCUCCUGGCGAAGACGGUAUUCAUGCGGAAUUUCCAAUUAGAAUGGGACCAACAGUCAAGGAAACCAUGCUGACCCUUUUCAACAAAAUCUGGGAGACCAGUCUCGUACCUAACCAAUGGAAAGUUGCCAUAGUAAUACCAGUACUAAGACCCUAG